AUGACGGACCCUGAGAUGUCCUCGGUCUGGAAAUUCGUGGCCGAAGCCAACCUCGACGAGAUUUUCAGCGGCCCCGCGACUAUGGACAUCGCCAACGACGUGGCCAACACCUUGGUGUCGUUCCACUCGGGUGGCCCGGUCAACGCUAACGAUACUGCCGUCGUGAUCAAGACCGAGCCUUGUGCAGUAUCGGACACGUCGUCGGAAGUUUCUUACGACGACAAAACUUCCGUGGCGUCCUUCAAUUCGGACGAAACGAGCGAGGACGAAGACAUCAAGCCCCUACUAAUCGACGCAGCGACCACCGCGGAGAUCAAGCGGCUGAAGCAGAAGGCGUACGACAAACGCUACCGCGACAAGAAGAAGAUUGAGAAGAUAUUGCUGGCCAAGGAUUUCGUGGCCGGGUUGAGGCUGCUCAACGCCCUGCUGGAAGAUCGCGUUGAAAGGACGAGAAUGGUCGUCAUGACGAGGAGAUUGGUCUCUCUCGAGCAGGAAACUCAACCAAUUGCUGCAUGCGAGAGGGACCGGAAGACAAUCGAGAAGGAGGUCAAGGAGCAGCUUGCUCUGAACCAAACGGCGACGGAGUACGCCGAGUCGUGGACGACGACCUGGACGAGGGUCAAGCUUGAACAGGGGAAAUAUUUCCUCAAGGACACGGUGGUGGACAUUAACUUCUACAUCCAAGGCCUGGCCAACCUCCGCGAGAAACUCACAGAGGCGACCACCGAGCUGGAGUGGUGCAUGGAGCAGAAGCCCAACGGGGUGUGGGUGUAG